CAAGAAAUUGUUUCUGCUUGACUUUUGUGCCUUGACGGCUUGCUGUCCACCUCGACCACUGACCGUGAAUCAGAGUGGAAAACAUCAAAUGAUUGCAGCCGAAACCGUCUUGAGCAGUUUGUCUGAAGCCCAAGACACGAGCAGUUUUCAGGCAGGUCCCAGGUCUUUAGAAAUGCAGACUUCCAGUGAGCAAACGCAGGCUAAAGCCAUGACUUCGCCAGAUCUCGUGUCUCGUUUCGACACAGUCCAUGCCCUGAAGACCCUGGAAGACCAGGAUCAGGCGCCCCAGCAGAUGUCCUACGAGGAAUUGGCCCGACAGCCGAUCCUGUUCGGAGAAGCCAAGAAGGGGCAAAAGUAUGGAGAAGUUGUCCAGAAGGACCCAGCCUACUGCCGAUGGUUUCUGAAAAAGUGGAUCAACAGCCCGAAGGCAGAGCAUCGCAUGUUCUGCCACUUCCUGAACAUGUGGAUCGAAAGGAAAGAGCUGUCCUUGGGCAUCGAGACCACCCCUGGAGAAAUGGUGGGUCCCGAACCGACCAGUUCUCAUGUGUGCCCCAAGGCCAAGGCCAAGAGCGUUGGGAAGCCUUUCAAACCGUUGAUGCCGAUCGAUCUGGAUUUGGAAGAAGAGGAGUGCUGGGAUCGUCUGUCCCAAGACCACAAGACCGACAAGGAAGACGAGACUGCCAAGAGGCUGGAUCAUCUAGAAGGAGUUCUGAGCGAAGUGAUCGGCCAACUGCAGAUGUUGUCCCAACAUCUCUCCGUGAGCCAGGCCAGCAAGUAG